ACCGGCGCAUCGUGUUAUCAGCCAGCCAGAUUACGCUUGAGUUCACGCAGAACCGCAACCUGUGUUUAGUGCGAAAUCUCGGCAGCUGCUCACGAGGGCCAGAACAUCCGCACUUCGAUAUUCCAAGACUAAAUCGUACUACUGAGAGAAAAGAGGCUGUUGCAGCGGUAACAGCGGUGAUGUUAACAACCAGUCGACUUCCGUAGUCGAUUCCGACACGACGAGCACCGACCAUCUGGAAGCUCGCAAUUCCCACUGGAAGUUGACGUCAUUUAAGGAAGCACCUACCACACUACAGGUAGUCGACACUGGGAAGCGGACCGGAUUAACCGAUUAACACGGAGUGGUAAAGGGUCCGAGCAGAAUACCAUGGUGUUCCAAUCGGAUUUUAUGGAUAACGAGUACGAGGCGCACAGUAUUCAGCUUGACGAGGAGACAGGCGAACAUGUGGAGCCGAUCCAGUUCACGUUCGUGGAGGGGCUAGCCACCACAAACGAGGAGACCGGAGAGCCCGAGGCAUUCCGCCUCAAGGAGACUGCAGAGGAGCGCGUGUGCAGUGGGGGUCGGCGCAAAAAGCCCUUCCAGAUUCCGCGCAGCGCCCUGCUGCAGGACGAGGACGAGCCAGACGUGAAGCGGUCCGGCCCGCUGGUGCCCGCCGCGCCGUCCGUCCCCACCGGUAUCGUCCUCAAACGCCAGAAGUCGUGCAUAAUCGAGGAGCACGUGGGCCGCGCCUCGCAGAACAUGAACCCUGCCGUCUUCCUGCUGCCCACGCUCUUCCUGUUCCCGGCCUGGGCCAGCAUUUUCUGCAUCAUCCUCGAGCUGUGCAUCCACAUGUGGGCGCACCGCAAGAACUGGGAGCGCAGUGAGCUAGUGGGAGCGGGCACCAGCCCACUGCCCGCUCUCUACCGCUCGCCGCUCAACACCAUCACCUCGGAGUUCUGCGCCUACUGCCAGUCAGAUAAGCUUAUGGCCACCAUAGGCAAGCUGCAGGACGAGCGGAAGACCAGACUCGACAACAGGAAACUCAGAUACUGCGCCUACGUCGAGCGGAUGAGUGUCGUCACAUAGCGAGCACGCCUUCUCUGGAGGGUCUGAAGCCACUUCAGUUGCAUUAUGCACUCCACCAAUACCCACGUGGUUUCGAACUGCUAUACUCUUUCGAUACAUUAUCUUUUGCAUCACAACUGUUAUAUAAUAUUUGAAAUGUUUUUCUGGAUAUUUUUUGUUGCAAUCCAGCGACGUAUUUCUAAAGAAAAAAUGUUUCUAACCACUGCUACUUUAUUUUGUUGGCAAUAAAGUAAUCUUUUUUCUUAGUUCAUAGAUUAAGUUCACGACUACAAAGCCUCGAAAAUGUGAAAAAUCACAGUAAAAUUGUUUAUUUCUUCCGUUCAUUGUUAAUUGCUGUGUUGUCCUGCGAAGCCAUACUCCACAUCACCAUCACCUACCUGAAGAACAAUCUGUAAUUGUUUGUAGGAAUGUCCUGCUUUGCAGUUUCCAGAUGUUGCAGAUAUGUCAUGUUGUUGUACAUUUACUGAAGUAAACUGCCCAAUAGAGUGUACUCUGUUUUGUUAUUUUACCAGACCGAAGACGGCCACGUGCCUCAUACCAGUACAGCAAUGAAAUAAAAUAAAGACUAUACACUCUAUGGGGUGGUUAUUUUAUAUAUAUGGCAGAUUUUUACUUGAUUAUUUUUAUGCUUCUUAACUCAUUUCUUUAGCUUCCACAACAUUCUGCGUUCUUUUCUGCGAAAAUUCUACACAGGAAUGGAGGGCUUACUGGAAAGCGCGUCAGUAUAUCUUAGCAUUGCUUGCUCUCUGCAAGAUUUAAGUGAACUUAAUUUGUGUACUGCUUGCCUUUUGUGAUACAGUGGUGCUGUUUGGCAUUCUUUGGAGAUAUUCGUAAUUAAAGAUCGUUAAUGUUUGUUAAAACAGUGGAUUGAAAAAAACUGAGCAGUAGUUUUUUUCCUCCUGUGGAUAAUAUGGUAAGAAAGAUAAGCUGCAUUUCGGGUCAAGGGAAAAGUUAAGAUAAUUAGAGUUUUAAUAAAAGUAUAUAACUUUACCUACCACAUAAGAAUAACUCUAAAUAGAUUAUACUUGAUGCUAAUGUCACAUCACUCUUUCUAUCACUGACAUCUUCACUGGUAAGGAGGGAAUAUUAUUUCUGUAAAAUAAAAUUAGUCUGAAUUAAUCGAUAGUUUCUGCUGAGUAUAAUUGAGUGGUUACAAGAACAGCACAAAUUAAGUUAAAUUAAUAUCUGCAUGUUCUCUUUCCACUACCGAAGUUACAAUCAUUUUAUUAUCUAUAGAGGUAAGUACAAUUUAUCACUAAUAUGAAGUGAUCUACUUUUUAGUGCCUUUCGUAAAAGAUAGUAACAUGUAUUUUACAUACACUCCUGAGAUCUUGCACAUAUAUCUAUCCAAAGUUAUUUUAUUAAAAAGCAGAGGAGAACCUUAUGGAGUUUAGUCUACAACUUAAGUACAAUUUAUAAUAUUUUAUAUGAUUCUUAAAGUUUAUAUAUCUGAUGCCAAAUACAAAAGCUGUAUUUUUAAAACGUGUCCACUUUGUUUUGCAUAAAAUGUUGCUAUUAUAAGAAUGUUAUUGUUGUGCAGUAACCGAAAAGAUAAAGAAAUAUAAAAACUGUUAUUCAAUAAAAGUAUAUAUCGAAAUGUUUUAACAAGUAGUCUUUUUCUAAUUCAGAUUACUAAUAUAAUGGAUAUGGUAUAAAUGAAGUUACAUUUUGUAGUAUUUGUAAUAACAACAAAGGAGAAGUGGAAAUUUGCAAUAGUAUUUGGAUUUGUAGUGGAUAAUAAAAGUGACAUUUUAUACAUUUC